AUGCCCCAAUUGGUGGAGCAAUUUCUGAAAAUGAAGCCGCCAAAGUUUAAUGGUAAAGGUGACCCCGAAGCUGCCCCAGAUUGGGUAGAGGAAUUAGAAAAGACAUUUGAGGUAUUGGGGUGCACCGACACAGAGAAAUUGACGCUAGCGGCGUAUCAGUUGCAGAGCAGUACGAAUGAUUGGUGGAAAGCCACCAGGGGUAGGGUAUUCCCGGAAGGUACAGAAUUAAAUUGGGCAGUGAUUGUUGAAAGUUUUUAUGGAAAGUACUUUUCGGAAGUCGCCCAAGAGAAGAAGUUGAUGGAGUUCAUGCGACUGCGCCAAGAUCUCCGGAGCCAGAUUGUAUCGCACAAUAUCAAGGAUUUCGGGGAAAUGUAUGAGUGGGCACAGAUUAUAGAGCGGGAUCAGCAAGAAAGAGCAGCCGCUUCUGGAUCGCGGUUUGCUCAGAUCAGAGACAACCGCCGUAUGGGGAAGAGACCUAUGACAGGAAACAGGCGGUUUGUUCCACCCGCUAGACGGACAAUUGGAAAGCCGAAUCCCCAGCCGAGUAGAUUUGGGGCAUGUUUUAAGUGUGGGAGCAUGGAGCAUCAGAUUCGCGACUGCCCAUAG